UUUAAUUUCAGUGUUAAUAGUUGUUUACCCAUUUAUUCUUUCCAUUUAAUCGUAUUUUACUGCUUCACUAGAAGUGAAGCUGAAGUAAAGACAAAAGCAUAGUGUUCUCAGAUAUGAUUUACCCAGGACAUCUCCUCUGUACCUGGCUCUCUACGAGCUGUUUCACUCCCAGGAAGGGGAGAGCAGGAUGUUCUUAUCUACACUCCCAAAUACAAAGAGGGGCCCAUUCUUCAGAAUCACACACACACACUCUGAGAUCAUAAACUUCACACACACACACAUACUCUGAAACGCUAUAAAUAAAGAACUGCCGCAUACGCUGGUUGUGAGCCUGAGACAGCAGCGCUCACCCAGCGUGCGCACGUUGUUACCAUCUAAACUGUCUUGAGUGUCUUUAUUUCGCCUGAAGAAUGUCUUGUUUAAAUAUUUACUCCUUACAUUUAUUUGGUCCUCCGAGCCGGAUUCUGGACAUUGAAUUUUAACUAAUUUUGUGCUCCAACAGAGUGACCUCGUCGUUUCCUGGAUUCGUGAACCCACGCUGCAAAGUCUGUCAGCCUGUUUCUAGUGAAACAGUAAAGACCAACUACGUGAAUUCGCCGUUGGCCAGCGUUUUUAGCAAGAGGUCCACGAUCCCAGGGAGCGAGGAGGAUUCUCUCUGACCGGCAUUUUCAUUCGAACCAGGAUUUGAUAGAACGUGCCACCGGGUUCAGUGACAGCAACCUGUGGCUGGACUGGAUGGCAUUAAAUGCCGAGGAACAGCAAGUGUCAAAUUGUGUGGCUUGUGCGUCGGCUAGACCACGUUUGUUCACAGAACCUGCACCACUACAUCCAGAGGAUCAGUGGGGCUAUGACUGUAUGCUGCAACUGACUAGAGGAGCGGUGAGCACUGGAAACUGCACGGUUUUGUCCAGUUUAUUUCCCCCGACUGAUAAACAGACAAAGGCAGGACCGUUUAUGCCGAAAAAAGAUAACUAUACGUGUUUUAAGUUCUCCACAGAUCACGUGAAAUAUAAGGUGGGAGAAAUUGACCCAAGUUGGUGUUCGGUUACCAAAACGGGGAGAACCACAAACAAUGUAAGUGAUGCAAACACGUUAAUUGGGACCUGGGCUAGAAGUGGGCUUUAUUAUUACUGCGGACACAAAACUCUUUUGGCUCGUGUUCCUCUGGGAAGCGUGGGGACGUGCGCAAUGGUGAGGCUAGGUGCGCCACUUAUGCUAAUAGGAAACCGGGUGAAGGCAUUCCCAAAGCACGACACACGCACACUGACAGCUAGGCGCAAGAGACACGUUCUGGUAAAGAGAGGGACUGAGGGAACACAUGCUUAUGAUCCUAGGAUGGACUCGCCGACCUGGAUAGACUCAAUAGGAGUGCCCAGGGGAGUUCCAAAUGAGUAUAAGCUUGCGGAUCAAAUAGCAGCCGGGUUUGAAAAUAUUCCAAUAAUCGCUGCUCUCCUUCCAGUGACCCUAAACAAGAAUGUGGAUAGAAUUAAUUAUGUUCACUAUAAUCUGCUGAGACUCUCUAACCUUACCCGAGAUGGGAUGGAAGGGCUAGUGGAGCAAUUGGGUCCGACCUCGUUGAUGGGGGUGCAGAAUAGAAUGGCUCUAGACAUGCUGUUGGCAGAACGAGGCGGUGUAUGUGCUAUGUUCGGUGAACAGUGCUGUACUUUUAUUCCUAAUAACACGGCUCCAGAUGGGUCAGUCACCCGAGCUUUAGAGGGGCUGAAAACGCUCUCUAGGACCAUGCACGAUCACUCGGGAAUUGAGAAUCCACUGGAGGGCUGGAUGACCUCGGUCUUCGGACAGUGGAAAGGGUCUGUACUUCCAAUUAUGCUUUCAUUAGCUGUGUUGGUGGGCAUUUUGGUGACCUGUGGCUGUUGUCUCAUUCCUUGUGCCCGAGCUCUGUUAGAGAAGGUGAUCACGAAGGCAGUGGAUUCGGGAGCAGAAGCCCACAUGCCCAUGAUGCCCUUGAUGGACAUGGGAGUCGCUGUGUGGGACGAGGAGUGA